UUGUCACACAGUUCCCGCGCCGAGCGGCCGCCGCGACCUCGUCCCCCCGCGAAGCGCCUCGCUGGGGCGCCGGGUGUCUCCGAGACGCGAGUCGGCCUCCCCGAUACCUGCAUAAUGACUGAUAAUCUGGAUGAAUUUAUUGAAGAACGAAAAGCCAAAUUGGCCAUAGACAAAGCAGAACUGGAACGUGACCCACCUUAUAUGGAAAUGAAAGGAAAGACAUCAGAGAAGCUUUCUGAAAACAGUAAAAUAUUAAUUUCCAUGGCCAAGGAAAACAUACCACCAAACAGUCAACAGACAAGGGGUUCUUUAGGAAUUGAUUAUGGAUUAAGUUUACCACUCGGGGAAGACUAUGAACGAAAGAAACAUAAAUUAAAAGAAGAAUUACGGCAAGAUUAUAGACGCUAUCUUACUCAGGGUAUUACACAAGCAAAACGAAAGAAAAAUUUUCUCUCUACGAGUGACAUAGAUCCAUCUACUCUGGGAGUUUCUCUUCCUAUUGGUGAGAGGUUAUCUGCCAAGGAAAGGUUGAAACUUGAACGCAACCAAGAAUACAAUCAGUUUCUCAGGGGUAAGGAAGAAUCCAAUGAAAAACUCAGACAGGUAGAAAAGAGUACUGAGAACAAGUAUCAAAGAAAUAAGAAACCUAUCAGUCAAGUUAAGCCUGAUUUAUUUCCACAAGAACAAACAUCUUUUGAAAAUUUAGAGGGCCCUAGGAAAGCUGUCUUGACUCCUUCAGAGGCAUAUGAAGAGCUUCUAAACCAAAGGCGACUGGAGGAGGAAAGAUAUCGACAACUAGAUGAUGAGAUUGAAUUAAGGAAUAGAAGAAUCAUUAAAAAAACUAAUGAAGACGUGGGCAUUUCGAAUAAAAAACAUCAAAGAUAUGCUAGCAAGGUUGAUGUCCCAGAUAGAAGAUUACACAGGUUUAACGAGGAUCGUGUUUUUGAUAGACAGUAUUAUAGACCAGACCAAGAUCCUGAAGUAAGUGAAGAGAUGGACGAGAGGUUUAGAUAUGAAAGUGAUUUUGAUAGAAGACUUUUGAGAGUGUAUACAAAUGACAGGAUGUACGGGAACAGACGAGGGACUGUGCCUUUUAUGGAGCAUGGUGGUGGUAUCACAGAACAGUCAAACAUACGAAUUUCAUCUGCUGGAAAUAAAAGUGCUCAAGAAAAUGAACCAUCCAAAUCUAUUAACCGAGAACUCUGUAGUCCAUUUGCAGGGAUGCUUUUUGGAGGUGAAGAUCGAGAACUUAUUCAGAGAAGAAAGGAGAAAUACAGACUAGAACUAUUGGAACAAAUGGCUGAACAACAGAAGAACAAGAGACGAGAAAAAGAUUUGGAACUCAGGGUUGCAGCUUCUGGAGCACAAGACCCUGAGAAAUCGCCUAAUAGACUAAAGCAGUUUAGUGUGGCACCAAGACACUUUGAAGAGACGAUUCCACCUGAAAGACCCAGGGUAGCUUUCCAGACACCUCUCCCUCCUUUAUCUGCCCCAUCUGUCCCACCUAUCCCAUCAGUUCACUCCAUCCCAUCUCAAAAUGAAGAUUUGCACAAUGGACUCAGCAGCACCCUUGGUGAAAUGGUGCCUCCCAGGAUUGCACCUCUGCCUCCACCUCCACUACUACCACCUUUGUCUACUAACUAUCGGACUCCUUAUGAUGAUGCAUACUAUUUUUAUGGGGCCAGGAAUACUUUGGAUCCUAGUCUUGCUUAUUAUGGUUCAGGAAUGAUGGGAGUACAACCUGCAGCUUUUGUUAGUGCUCCUGUCACUUACCAACCAGCACAUCCCAUUGUGAAUAUAGUUGGACAGAGCGAACUAAAAAGUAUGAAUGAUCAAGCAAUAAAUUCAGGAUUAUUUUUUGAAGAUAAACCAAAGCCUUCAAAACAGACACUUCAGUCUUAUCAAGAAGCUUUGCAGCAGCAGAUUCGGGAAAGAGAAGAAAGAAGAAAGAAAGAACGUGAAGAAAAAGAAGAAUAUGAAGCUAAAUUAGAAGCUGAAAUGAGAAGUUACAAUCCCUGGGGAAAAGGUGGAGGUGGUGCUCCUCUCAGGGAUGCAAAAGGAAAUCUGAUAACUGAUUUGAAUAGGAUGCACAAACAAAAUAUAGAUGCCUACCAUAACCCAGAUGCAAGAACAUAUGAAGAUAAAAGGGCUGUUGUUUCCCUAGACCAAAAUUUAGCCACUUCAAAUGCUGAGAACCUAGAAGAUUCUACAAAUAAAAACUCAGGUCAUAUGCAAACACAAAGCUCACCGUUUGCUCGGGGAAAUAUAUUUAGUGAGCCUCCAACUGAACUUCAGAUUAAACAGCAAGAAUUAUACAAAAAUUUUCUUCGUUUUCAGAUUGAGGAAAAGAAACAGAGAGAAGAAGCAGAGCGAGAGAGACUAAGAAUUGCAGAAGAAAAGGAAGAGAAACGACUUGCAGAACAGAGGGCACGAAUUCAACAAGAGUAUGAAGAGGAACAGGAAAGAAAAAGGGAGAAGGAGGAGGAGCAAAGGCUAAAAAAUGAAGAACUUAUUCGGUUAGCUGAAGAGAGACGAAAAGAAGCAGAAAAAAAGAAGAAAGAAGAAGAAGAAAGACAUAACCUACAACUGCAGCAUUAUUAUGAAAGAGAAAAUAUGAUUGGGGAAGAAACCAAACGUGUGAGACAGCCAUCUCCUGUAGUUCCUGCUCUUCAGAACAAAAUUGCAAGCAAACUCCAAAGACCUCCUUCAGUUGACAGCAUUAUAAGUUCCUUUAUUCAAGAAAGUUCCCUAUCUAGGGCACAGUCUCCUCCAGUACCUGCCAGGAAAAAUCAGCUCCGUGCAGAAGAAGAGAAAAAAAAUGUAAUUAUGGAAUUGUCAGAAAUGAGAAAACAACUUCGUAGUGAAGAGCGGCGUCUACAAGGGCGGUUGCUACACAUGGACAGUGAUGAUGAAAUUCAUAUAAGGAAAAGAGAAAGGAAUCCCAUGGAUAUAUUUGACAUGGCUAGACAUCGGUUACAAGCCCCUGUCAGAAGACAAUCACCUAAGGGCUUAGACCCUAUUACUUUUCAGAAUAUUCAUGACUUUAAUGAGCUGAAGGAUAGAGAUUCAGAAACACGAAUUGAUUUAAAAUUUAUGUACCCUGAUCCUCCAAGAGAUCAUCACACCUUAGAGAUUCAGCAGCAAGCUCUCCUAAGAGAGCAGCAGAAGAGACUAAAUAGAAUAAAAAUGCAAGAUGGUGCUGAAGUUGACUUGGAUGCUGUACCAAGUGCCAAAGUACGAAAUCACAGAAUGCCCAGAGAUGACACUAAUGAUUUCUUGAAAAAUUCAUUAUUGGAAUCUGAUAGUGCUUUUAUUGGUGCUUAUGGUGAGACAUAUCCCACCAUUGAAGAUGAUGCUCUCCCUCGUCCACAGCUGCCCUCUGCAAGGGAGCGCAGGAGGAACAAACUGAAAGGACUGGACUUCGAUAACAGUCAUCCCAAUGUACUGCCAGAUGCUCUCUCUUUAAAAUCUGUAUCCAGUAUAAAUAUUGAUCAACUUAGAAUGAGAAAUGAGGAACGAAUACGAAGAUUGAAUGACCUUCAGAAUAAACCUAUUAACACAGAUGAUGAGAGUUCACUGAUUGACCCAGAUGACAUCAUGAAGCAAAUGGGUGAUGAUGGAUCAAACUCUGUAGCAACGGAGCCCUGGCUCCGCCCUGGCACCUCAGAAACGCUGAAGCAAUUCAUGGCAGAACAGCUGAACCAGGAGCAGCCGCAUGUUCCUGGAAAACCAGGCACUUUCAGUUGGCAGGGGCUGUCUACUGCACAUGGUUAAAAUAAAUCUGUAUUGGACA